CCGCUCUGCCCGGCCGCACAGGCGCUCAGGAGCAGUGUGCUAGAUCUGCUAAAAUGCAAAUCAUUGCCUCAACACAGCAGAAAGGCCGAAAGAGAUCAUGUGACUUCAGAUGCAAGGCAGAUAACUUCAGCCCUUCCCUUUCUCUGCCUGAGAUUCAGGAGGCAUGGUGACAAAACAGCUUUUCAACACGGAAACAACACAGCUGGAGGGCUGCAGCCAUGAGCUUUCACAUCAGGUUGGAUAAUGAAAACAGCAUUUUCCCCUGACUGUUUCUGAAGAGCAGCAUUCAAGAAAUUUCCUCUCGGAAAGCUGUGAAUACUGGGAAGAGCCCAGGAGCCCAAAGGAGUGCAGCCCUCAUCGCUGAAGGAACAGCACAGGAAAUGUGUAUGAUGCUAACAGCUGAGAGAAACACGCUUCGCAUCAGCAGCAAUUAAACGGAUGGGCAGCAUCAUUGGAACCAUGGGGUGCAGCAGUUCUGUAGCUGACAGAAAGUCAGAGAAUGUCAUCAGAGCUGCAAUCCUCAUCCAGAAGUGGUACCGCUUCACCAUGGCCCGCCUGGAGAUGAGGCGCCGCUAUUCCCUCAGCAUCUUUCAGUCAAUCGAGUAUGCUGAUGAGCAGGACCAGCUGCAGCUAUCCAAUUUUUUUACAUUCAUGCUGGAUCAUUGUACUCAUCCUGAAGCAGUUUCUCAAAUUUUCACCAGCCCUAGUGCUCCUCAGGUGGUGGAUGAAGACUUCUCUUUAAAAGAAUUUGAAAAGAAGAUUGCUGUUCCAGACUCCUAUUAUGGACCACGACUCUCAUUCCCCCUUACUGUUGAAGAUGCCAAUGCUCUCCUUCAUGCUUUCAGGAAUGAACAGCUGCUUCAUGCCCGCUAUGUGCUGCAGUUGCUAAGUGAAACUAGGAGGGUUCUCAAGGAGAUGCCAAAUAUCACCCAUCUUUCAACUUCCUACUCCAAGGAGAUAACUGUCUGUGGAGAUUUGCAUGGAAACCUGGAUGAUCUUUUGCUGAUAUUCUAUAAGAAUGGUCUGCCUUCAGAACAAAACCCCUAUGUCUUUAAUGGUGAUUUUGUCGACAGAGGGAAAAAUUCUAUGGAAAUUCUUAUAAUCCUAUUUGCAUUUCUUCUUAUCUAUCCCAAUGAUUUACACUUGAAUAGAGGAAACCAUGAAGACUACAUCAUGAACCUGAGGUAUGGAUUCACAAAAGAAGUUUCAAAGAAGUACAAGGACCAUUGGAAACAAAUUUUGAGUCUUCUGCGAGAUGUUUUUAGCUGGCUUCCCCUUGCCACUAUAAUUGAUAGCAAAGUUCUUAUCCUACAUGGGGGGAUUUCAGACACCACAGAUUUGGAUUUCCUGAAUGCACUUGAGAGAAAUAAGUUGAAAUCUUUGAUGCGGCCACCAAAGUCAGGGACAAACAGACAGGACCAAGUGAAGAAGAAAACUCCCGUGACCAAACCCAGUAAACACACUGCCAGCCAGCAUGUUGCAGGGAAGACCCAACACAUCUCUUCAUCAGGCUUCACGGAGCCUUCAGGUUCAAAUUUGCCUCCAGACCCCGCCCUGAAGGAAUGGAAACAAAUCCUUGACAUUCUGUGGAGUGAUCCAAGGAGCCAAAAUGGCUGCACACCAAACAAGUGUCGAGGAGGAGGCUGUUACUUUGGUCCUGAUGUCACUGCCAAGCUGUUUGAGAGAUAUAAUCUGAAGAUGCUCAUCAGAUCCCAUGAAUUUAAGCCAGAAGGUUAUGAGAUCAGUCAUGAUGGGAAGGUUAUCACCAUAUUCUCUGCCUCUAACUAUUACGAGGAGGGCAGUAACCGGGGCGCUUACAUCAAGCUGAAUCCCGAGCUGACCCCGCGCUUUGUGCAGUACCAGGUCAGCAAGCUCACGCGCAGGCAGAAUCUCCGCGAGAGGGUAGGUACAAUUGAAUCAUCUGCCUUAAAGUCCUUACGAGAGAAGAUUUAUGCACACAGGUCUGAACUCAUCAGUGCUUUUGCACAAUACGACACCAAUGGCACAGGCAGGAUUUCUGUCAAUGACUGGGCUGCAGCGAUGGAGUCUGUCCUACAGCUGGAACUGCCCUGGAGGAUGCUGCGCUCUCAGCUAGCACAGAUGAACCCAGAUGGAGAAGUUGACUUCAUGUCUUGUUUUUAUGAUUUGAAAAUGGGUCAACCUAUAAAAGAGGCUCAGCCAGCUUUGGCAGAAACACUGUGCAGAUACAGAAAGGAUCUGGAGAUCAUCUUUAACAUCAUUGACAAAGAUCACUCAGGUUUGAUUUCUCUUGAGGAAUUCAGCCAGACAUGGAGACUGUUCACUUCUCACCUGGGCAUUGAUAUACAGGAUGACUCCAUUGACAAGUUAGUCCUCAGCAUAGACUACAACAAAGAUGGCCACAUUGACUUCAAUGAAUUUUUAGAGGCCUUUCAUGUUGUUCACAGACUUGAGAAAAAGGCAACCUCUUGAAAAGGCAGAAUUUCUCAUGGGUUGUCUUGGAAGCUCAGCUUGCUGUCAUUAGUCAUAAAGGGGCUGCUUGAUAGGGUCACAGUGCAAGCCUUUAUUUAGCCCUCCUGGAUGAUCUGUACCUGCUAAUAAUGGGAUAGAGGAGAUGAAAACCCACACUUACAGUAUUACUGUGUCACUGCCACACACUGCCAGCACCUUACAGUUCAUCCCCUCCUCUUGGCAUCUCCCCCACCAAUCUAAUCCCUGAACAUUGCCAAGGUCAAGCCUACAGCUGUGUAGGGAGAGAGGCUUCGGUAUGUGUCUGCCAGCAGUCCUCAGCUGAGAGCACUGAUAACCACAAGGAACAUACCAGAGCCACCCUGGUGAUGGAACAGGCACGAGAGAGCUGGCUGUGGGGUGUCCAUUGCAGGAGAGGAAAACAGGGAAAACAGGGAAAACAGCAUCUGGUUCAAAAGAAUAGUUCUGCAUUUAAUCUUGCUCUUUGCAUGAUUCAGAGGAAUUAAAUUAUUCCAGGUCAAUCUCUUAUCCUUCUACAAGUUUACAGGCACAACUGAGAGGAUCUUGGUUGAAAGGUGUUUACAUUUGCACUUAUACGUCCUCUUGCCUCUGGUUACUUUUCCCCAUAUUUGUUGGGAUUUGGAGCUCUGAAACAAUCACAACUGUUUCUGAGAUGGAGCCAGGCUCUUCACAGUGGUGCUGAGCAGCAGGACAAGAGGCAAUGGGCAGAAACUGAUGCACAGGAAGUUCCACCUGAACAUGAGCAAGAAGUUAUUUCCUGUGCAGUGACUGAGCACUGGCACAGACUGCCCAGAGAGGGUGUGGAGCCUCCCUCACUGGAGAUAUUCAAGAACCACGUGGAUGUAGUCCUGUGCUCUGUGUUAUGGGAUGACCCUGUCUGAGCAGGUGAUUCAGGGUGGUCUCUUCCAGCAUGAUCCAUUCUGGAAUUCGGUGAUUCCGUGCUAACUUGUGACCUUGAUGAAGGCUAAAUCCACAGCAUGUUAAUGCAACUCGUGAUAGAUCACAGAAUAAAGCUUUAGCUUUCUGAGCAAUGCCUAAGGGGGGUGUCUCUGCCUGUGUUUUGUAGCCUGCCCCAAUCACCACAGAACA